AUGGAUAACUAUCAAAAUCAGCAGAGUUAUGGACGAAAAGAACAAUACAAUAUCCAAGAUGAGCGCGUCGGUAAUAUUGGUCCAAUGGAUACUGCAAUGCUUCAAGCUUGGUUUGAUUCUGGUUUGGUCGAUGGAAACGCUUUAGCGCUUGAAGUAGGUUCAAUUCAAUCAAAGCCUGUAUCACAAAUAUUAUCUGAAAAGCCAAUUCAAGGAGCACCUCCUUCAGAUUGGUUUUUAUGGACUGAUAACAAAAGUCCGUUUAACAAUAUGGUUAACAAGGUAAAUAAAUCAUUUAUAACUCGCCAAAGCUUAUCUGAGCAUAAAACGAAUCCAACUCCAAUUACCGGACUUCAAGAUUUUGAACAAUUCAUGGAAGGUCCAAUUCCUAAAGACCAAGCCCCAAUGUUUAUAUCUAGAAUUAACAAACUCGCUCAGCCUUUCGUUAUUUGGGUUUUCAAGACAUUUAGAGAUUUAGGUUCAACAGCAAACGAUGAUGAAAUUCUAAAACUUAUAUUGAAUUCAGAUCCGAAAACAUCUCGUAAGUUCUUCUAUCAAAAAUUACCAAGUGAACAGUUCGCAUCAAAAUUCUUCUCAAUGUACGCACAAUGGCGCCUUUACGUCCCAGUAUACAUUGAUCAGACAAGUAACUAA